CUGCGUCAGAAUUAGUUUUGGCCAUAUGAGAUUCCGUAGACGUCAUGUGACCCUCAAGAGGAGUUUAUGAACUUCACUCCCAAGAAAAGAGUGUGUUGUCAUCAUGGAGGGGGACCCCAUCUCAUCCUUGUGCACUCCUGCUCUGGUGGUGGACAUCGACAAAGUGAAGAAAAAUGCAGAGAGGAUGAGCAAACGUUAUAAGGAGCUGGGAGUACAACUUCGACCACACAUGAAGACUCACAAAACCAUUGAGUGUGCUGAUAUAAUGACUGGUGGAUCGCGGAGAUGUAUUGUAGUUUCCACUUUGGCAGAGGCCUGUUUCUAUGCUGACUAUGGAUUUGACGACAUCCUUUUUGCUUAUUCUGUUCCUUUUGACAAGGUGGAGCGUUGUGCAGCAUUGUCCGAGAGGCUGGAUCUCUUCCAGGUUUUGUUGGAUCAUCCCGAUGCUUUGGAGCAACUCAAAAAGAGGCCUCUGCGAGAUGGGCGGCUCUGGCAUGUUUGGAUGAAGCUUGACUGUGGAAAUGGAAGAGCUGGUGUUUUGCACUCACUGCCCGAGGCUCUUACUCUGGCUCAGGCCAUUCAUUCUGCUGAAGGAGCAGAACUGACUGGAGUCUACGCUCACUGUGGAAACACCUACAACUGCAAAGGGGUUGAGCAGAUACAGGCCGUCGCUCAAGAAACCUCCACAUUAACACUACAGUUUAUGGAAAAACUGAAGGCUGUAGGCAUCACGUGCAAGUCCAGUAUUGGCUCCACACCCUCCUGUAGCCAUCCAGUCAAAGAUAUGGCCCAGCUCAGUGAAGUUCACCCAGGAAAUUACGUAUUUUAUGAUGUGCAGCAGUCUAUGAUUGGCUCCUGCAGCUUGGAGGAUGUGGCUGUGAGGGUUUUGACACGAGUCAUUGGCCACUGUCCUCACAGAAACCAGCUCCUCAUUGACUGUGGGUGGACAGGACUGAGCCUUGACGGAGCAGGAAAACUUCCAUCUGGAUAUGCUGUAGUGGAAGGACAUCCAGAUUUAAAGCUGCUGUCCAUGACUCAGGAGCACGGACGAGUUGAGCCCAUCUCUGGAAAACUGGACUAUAGCAAAUAUCCUUUGGGCACAAUGCUCAGACUUAUUCCUUACCAUUCUUGUGCAACAGCAGCAAUGCACCCCAUAUACUAUGUCCACUGCAAAGAUAGACUUGUGGGAAAGUGGACACCAACACGUGGAUGGUGAAUUACUGAAGAAAUGUGUAAACCACUUCCUAAUCAUUUUGAAACUGUAAACUAUAGUCUUAUCUAAUGGAAUAUACACAUCUGCUUACUUGUUUGACUAUGUGUAACGAUAUAAAGCAUGAACAGAAAGAUGAUGUGCAUAAACAUAUAAUGACUGAAGUGAUGAUCGCAUUAUU